CCGAGCUGGGCGACGCGUGCUGCGCCAACGGAGGAGGAGCCCGGAGCUCGAGGCAGGUCCAGCCAUGGAGCUGCGCUCGGAGCUGCCCAGCGUGCCCGGCGCGGCGACAGCAGCAGCGACAGCGACAGGACCACCCGUGGCAUCGGUGGCGUCGGUGGCUGCGGCGGCAGCUGCGGCAGCAUCGCUACCGGUGAGCGUGGCCGGAGGCUUGCUGCGGGCGCCGCCGCUCCUGUUGAGGGCAGCGGAGAAGUACCCGCGGACCCCCAAGUGCGCGCGCUGCCGCAACCACGGAGUGGUGUCCGCGCUCAAGGGCCACAAGCGCUACUGCCGCUGGAAGGACUGCCUGUGCGCCAAGUGCACGCUCAUCGCCGAGCGCCAGCGCGUCAUGGCGGCUCAGGUGGCCUUGCGCAGGCAGCAGGCGCAGGAGGAGAACGAGGCGCGCGAGUUGCAAUUGCUGUACGGCACUGCCGAGGGCCUGGCGCUGGCCGCCGCCAACGGCAUCAUUCCCCCGCGGCCUGCCUACGAAGUCUUCGGCUCGGUUUGCGCCACCGACGGCGGGGGGCCGGGAGCUGGAGCGCCCGCGGGGAGUGCAGGGGGCGCUGGGGGCGCAGGGGGCGCAGAGGCCAAGUUGCAGAAGUUUGAUCUGUUUCCCAAGACGUUGCUUCAGGCCGGCCGCCCCGACAGUCCGCCGCCGCCGCCAGGGAAGCCCUUGUCGCCCGACGGCGCGGACUCAGGUCCCGGGACCUCGUCUCCGGAGGUGCGGCCCGGCUCAGGCUCGGAGAACGGAGACGGCGAGUCCUUUUCGGGGUCGCCUUUGGCCCGGGCCUCCAAGGAGGCGGGUGGCAGCUGUCCUGGGAGCGCGGGCGCCGGCGGUGGCGGCGAGGAGGACAGCCCGGGCUCCUCCAGCCCCCUGGGUUCCGAAUCGGGUUCGGAGGCCGACAAAGAAGAAGCGGAGGCCGCACCGACUCCGGGGCUGGGCGGCGGGCCGGGGCCGCGGCAGCGGACGCCGCUGGACAUCUUGACGCGCGUCUUCCCGGGCCACCGGAGAGGCGUCCUGGAGCUGGUGCUGCAGGGCUGCGGUGGCGACGUGGUGCAGGCCAUCGAGCAGGUGCUCAACCACCACCGCGGAGGCCUGGCGGCCGGCCUGGGCCCCGGCGCGCCGCUGGAGAAGGCCGCGGUGAGCGCGGCGGUGGAGGACGCGUGGCCCGGGCGCAUGGAGGCCGCGGCCGCCGGGGGAGCCGGGCUGCCCGCUCCGCUGCAGACCGGGCCCGCCGCGCCCUCGCACCACAGACCCUUGCUGGCCGGGGCCAUGACGCCCGGCGCGCUGGGCUCGCUCGGCAGCCGCUCCGCCUUCUCGCCGCUGCAGCCCAACGCCAGCCACUUCGGUGCCGACGCGGGCGCCUACCCUCUGGGCGCGCCGCUCGGCCUGAGCCCCCUGCGCCUGGCCUACUCGGCGGCGGCGGCCCACAGCCGCGGCCUGGCCUUCAUGGCGCCCUACUCCACUGCCGGCCUGGUGCCCACGCUCGGCUUCCGGCCGCCCAUGGACUACGCCUUCAGCGACCUCAUGCGCGACCGCUCGGCCGCCGCCGCCGCCGCCGCGGUGCACAAGGAGCCCGGCUACGGGGGCGGGCUGUACGGGCCCAUGGUCAACGGCACCCCCGAGAAGCAGUAGGGUAUGGGGCCAGGCAGCCCAGCCACCCCGAAACAGCGACCUAGCCUGCUCCCCCAGC